AUGAAAUACCUUCUUUUCUUUCUCCUCUCGUCUCUUCUGUUUCUGAGCAAGGCCGUUGUGGCCCUCAAAGAAUCCAAACCCUCGGAGACGCUCUACUUUUACCAAGCCUAUCUGGUCGAAUUCAAGACAAGGGAUUCCAAACGGCGAACAAUUGCAAAAACAUGCUCAAAGACUGAUACUCCCUGCACAUACCCAGCAUUUCUGAGGCAUAUUUUGUCGCAAGACUCAUGGAGGAAAAUCUCCCAGGACUCAAAAUUCACAGCAAUCAGAACAAUCAUCGAGACAGCUGAUACGACCGAUGUCAUAACUACAUCUCGGAGACUAAGGGAGAAGAACUUUGACCCUAAAUAUGAUUUCUCGCAACUUCUCGAGGGCACAAGCAAAUCAUCACAAUUUGGUCCUAUCUUCGAAAAGAUAGAUGGGCUGAUCAGGGAUCAGCUAGGUUCUGACAAGGUCGCGGAGCACAGAAAGCCUAUGGCAGACGCGCUAGAUCUCAUCCAGAAACAUCGCAUCGCCAACAACAUGAAAUACUUUAUCGCGGAGCUCAAGCAAGAGUUAGGGAUCGAGAAGCUUGCACUUCAGGAUCCGAAUCCGAAAACCCCUGAUGGUUUCUCGUAUCAAGCCUACGAUACAGCAAAGACAGUCGAGCAACUGGAAAAGUCGGCGAAAAACGAGGCCGAUCCAGAGAAGAAGGCAAAGAUCAACGCGCAAGCUGAUGGUCUCGCAGCCAAGAUGCAGGAGCUCGUUAUAAAGAUACGUUCACCAAAUUAUAAAGAGAAGAUUAAGAAUAAUGAGGAGCUUAAUACCUUCAAGAGGCACCAGGCUGUGAUUUUCCGAGCGAAGAACACCUUGAAACUAUUGCAAAAAAUAGAAAAGGGUGGAAAAUGCUGA